GGAAACGGCUCAGACAAUGGAUGGAUGGAUGGAAUUUUGUCCUUAUGGGGUGUUUUGUGUAGAAAUGAGGCUUCACCAUUACAAAAUGUGGUGAAAAAAACCCUUUGUGAAUACUUUCACUGUCCAGACUAGGGAGAGAGCGAGCGAGCGAGCGAGCGAGAGAGAGAGAGAGACUCAGUGUCAGUCUCGCUCAUCCGCUCCCUCCUUCACUCCUUCACCCCUUCACCCCUCCCGAUGCCUGCUGGCUGUCGAAGCCCCAUGGCGCCACACCGCUACGCCUCCGGCGGCUCGGCCGCUGUUCGAGCCGCGCCAGUCACUGGGGGUGCACACCCGGGACCCUUCUAUGGUGAGCCGCACAAGUUUGAUCCUUCCUUCAGAGGUCCAGUCCACAGAAGAAGAUGCACAGAUGUCCUAUGCUGUUUGAUCUUCAUCGGUGCCAUUCUUUCAUAUGUCGCCCUCGGAAUAGUGGCCUGGUUCCAUGGCGACCCCGGGAAGGUGCUCCAUCCAACAAACAGCUAUGGCGACUUUUGUGGUCAGAAAGGAACCUCCAAUGAGAAGAGGCCCAUUCUCUUCUAUUUCAACAUCUUAAAAUGCGCCAAUCCUUCUCUUCUCAUUCAUCUUCAGUGCCCGACAACUCAGAUCUGUGUAUCAAAGUGCCCCGACAGAUUUGCUACUUAUACUGAGAUGCAGCUGGAGCACCAACUCAGCAACGGUUCCUGGCGGUAUUACAGACAGUUCUGCAAACAUGGCUUCAAUAACCCUGGCAAGCCCGUAUCUCAGGUUCUACGAGAUGAGGAUUGUCCCUCGAUGAUUGUGCCAAGUAGACCAUUCCUUCAGAGAUGUCUACCAGAUGUCGUCGCUCUGAAUGGGACAAGGUUCCAAGACGCUCUUGAAACGGCACGCCACGCCGCUGAACUCCAAGAGGCUGCCAAAGGAAUAAGAGGACUCGUGGAUACUCGGGAGCUGGGAGUGAAGAUCGCGGAAGAUUAUGCUAAAUCCUGGCCAUGGAUUGUUGUAGGUCUGCUGAUAUCCUUGCUGUUUAGUCUCAUCUUUAUCGUGCUGCUGAGAUUCACAGCUGGGCCGAUGUUGUGGAUUACCAUCAUCGCCGUCAUGCUCCUGGUGGCGUACGCCAUGUGCUACUGCUCCGUGGUGUUAACCACGCGGGGACACAAUCCAGGUUACGACGUAUCCAUUACGGAAGUCGGACUGCAGACAGAUCUCCAAGUCUAUCUGCGGCUCAGAGAAACUUGGAUCUUUUUAUUGGCAUCUCUCGGAGUGACAGAGGUUUCCAUCUUGUUGGUAAUUGUCAUCAUGAGGAGGAGGAUCAAGUUGGCCAUUGCCCUGCUCCGAGAGGCCAGCAAAGCCAUCGGUCACAUCAUGGCAACCCUCUUGUACCCAAUCUUAACAUUGAUUUUGCUUACCGUUUGUCUUUCCUACUGGGCUGUUACUGCUGCUUACUUAGCAUCCUCGGAUGCCGCCAUCUAUAAAGUGAUGUCCCCUGAUGUGAGCUGUCCUUAUUCCAACAGCACUUGCAACCCCGAGACUUUCAACAGAAGCAACGUAUCCAAAGAAACGUCCUGUCUGGGUUCUCAGUGCCUGUUUGCAUUCUAUGGCGGAGAGACACCCUACCACCGUUACAUGUUGCUUCUACAAAUGUCCAACUUGCUGAUCUUUCUCUGGCUGGUUAACUUCAUCUUGGCCCUGCAGCAAUGCACUCUUGCUGGAACAUUUUCCAGCUACUACUGGGCCAAGAGGAAGCCCGAGGAUGUACCUCCCUGUCCGAUGUUCUCAUCCUUCAACAGGGCGAUCAGGUAUCACUCAGGGUCUUUGGCAUUUGGUGCUCUCAUUCUCUCUGUUGUCCAGCUUUUCCAGAUCAUACUGAAAUACUUGGAGAAGAAACUCAAAGGGAUUGACAACAGCCUGUCCAGGUUUAUACUGUGCUGCCUUACAUGCUGUUUCUGGUGUUUGGAAAAAUGUCUUCGCUACAUGAAUCGAAACGCUUACAUAAUGGUGGCAAUCUAUGGCAAGAACUUCUGUGAAUCAGCUCAACAGGCAUUCUUCCUUCUCAUGAGGAACAUGGUCAGGGUUGCAAUUGUGGACAGAGUGACGGAUUUUCUGUUGUUUUUGGGGAAAGUGAUGAUAUCAGGAGCAGUCGGUGUGUUAGCAGUACUCUUGUUUUCAAGGAAAAUCUCUCUUUUCCAGGAGCAAGUGCCUUAUCUCAACUACUAUGAGGUUCCUAUCAUGACAACGGUGGUGGGGGCCUAUCUGAUCGCUGAUGGUUUCUUCGGUGUUUAUGCCAUGUGUGUUGACACAUUUUUCCUCUGCUUCUGUGACGACUUGGAGAGAAAUGACGGGAGCUCGGAAAAACCUUUCCUCAUGUCACCGGAGUUGCACGGGAUUCUGGGGAAAUCCUCCCGGUCCUGUUGAAUCGAAGACUGUGAGAGAAAAACGGACUUUUGGACGAUAGGUCGUGCGCGCGCACGCACGUCUCAACCCAUCGCAAAUCGUGCAGAAACCAAUGGCGCAUUGCCCACGACUGCAAAAAAAACACAGCCGCUCUCCUUUUGAGUCUGAGACAAAAUACAUGAAGUCAACUUUUCCACUGGCUUUAAUCUAUUCCAAAACGUGGACUAGUACAACUUUAGAAAGUUCUACACUGUGGAAAAAAGCCCAUUUUGAUCUGUGUUUACUCAGCCGCUUCUAUAAUGACUUGUUGUGUCUGUUGUGUACUUUCUCUCGUUGUUCUCACUGUACUCUAAAACCCUUUCAAACUGCCUGUGUAACAAUUCCAAUUGUACGGAAGAAAUCUCAUUUGUAAAAUGAUGACAGCGGAAAGAAAGUAUGAUGACUUCUUCGUGUCCCUCGAUCCUCUGUCGCUUGCUCCUCUUCUGUUGGCAAAUGCUGUCGUGCUGCAGCCAGACUGUUGAUUAAAUGAUCCGUUCGCCAUGUGGAAGUUA